AUGGUUUUGGCAAUUGCUAAGACUUGUCUGGGAAUAGAAGAGAUAAGUCUGAUUGGAGAAAAUAACCAAAACCAAGUGGUUGCUCCACUGACCGAAUUAUUAAAAAUCAACAAGAAGUUUCAAUGGACACUGGAGUGUCAGAAGUCAUUCGAUUGUUUGAAAACUGUUAACUAUAACAUCAGUGUUGGCAAUUUGAAGAUGGCACUUCGGAAUAUCUUUCUCCUUCUUCUUUUGGAAGUUGUGCUGGCUGAGAAUGUUGCGUUGGCUAGACAAACACAGCACACAAAACAAUCCAGAAGGAACAAGGGAGUUGAAGCUAGAGCACAGCAGGAUAUUGAGGAACAAUGCGUUGGCAAGGCGUUAGACUUAGUUUUCAUCAUUGACAGUUCUCGGAGUAUACUUCCUCCUGACUUUGAGAAAGUGAAGGAAUUCAUCAAUAAUAUUCUCAAAUUCCUGGAUGUUGGUGCAGAUAAGACGAGAGUCGGCCUUGUCCUCUAUGGCAGCACUGUUGAAAGCGUGUUCUCCCUCAAAACCCACAAGAAGGUGGCGGACAUGAUGAGAGCCGUCAAGGACAUGGUUCACCUGGCAACCGGCACCAUGACGGGUCUGGCCAUUGAGUACACAAUGAAUGUGGCACUCUCUACGCAUGAGGGGGCAAGGCCAUUUUACAGAAAUGUACCGCGAGUGGCAAUUAUAGUGACAGAUGGGCGACCCCAGGACAAGGUAGCAGAAGUAGCAGCUCAAGCAAGAGACUCGGGUAUUCUGAUAUUCGCCGUUGGUGUAGGGAGAGUAGACAUGGAAACUCUCCGACUGAUAGGGAGCGAGCCACAUGAGAAGCAUGUGUUCUUUGUGCAGAAUUUCAGCAUGAUCCAAACUCUCCUCUCCGAGUUCCAAACCAAAAUAUGUGAUACAGACCUCUGUGGAGUGGUUGGUCAUGGAUGUGAACAGAUCUGUAUUAACACACCAGGAUCUUACAUUUGCAAGUGUAAGAAAGGAUUCAUCCUAAACAGCGAUAAAAAAACCUGCAGAAGAAUUGAUUUCUGUGUCCAGGGCGGGCAUAACUGUGAACAUGACUGCGUGAGCACAGAAGACAGUUAUCUCUGCAGAUGUCGGAAAGGUUACAUACUUAACCCCGACGGGAAGACCUGCCAGCAGUGUACCAAUGGAGCAAUGGACCUUGUGUUCUUCAUUGAUGGAUCGAAAAACCUUGGAGCAAAGAAUUUCCAGUCAAUGAAACAGUUUGUCAGCAACAUCGUGGAUGGGUUGGAAGUUGCACCGAACGCAACUCGAGUGGGUCUGGUGCAGUAUUCCACUAAAGUGCGGACCGAAUUUCCUCUCAGGCGUUACAGCACGGUGAACGAGGUCAAGGCUGCAGUGAGUCGAGCGAAAUAUGUAGGUCGAGGACCCGUGACAGGAAUCGGUCUGAGGCAAAUCUUUAAAAAGAGUUUCAAGGCGGCUGAAGGGGCUCGAACGCUUUCGGAGAAUGUCCCAAAGAUAGCGAUCGUGUUCACCGACGGGCGGCAACAAGUUGACAUCACGGAAUGGGCAGCCAAAGCAAAGGAGAAUGGUAUCAAUAUAUACGCUAUUGGGGUUGGCAAGGCAAUCGAAAAAGAAUUACAACAAAUUGCUUCAUUUCCUCAAGACGAAUACUUGUAUUACACAAAAGACUUCAGGACCAUGGGCGAAAUUGCGGAAAAACUGAAACUACAGAUUUGUAAAGGAAAUCCAUCACUUCAGGAUCAAUGCAAGUGUGAAGCAGUUGCGUCAUUUCAGAUUAAUGUUAAUGAAAAAAUACGAACACUAACCCAAAAAUUGGAAGAAGUGAUGAACAGGCUGAAGACUAUGGAGAACUAUUUCAAAGCCAAGUAG